CAGUCGUAUUCGAAUAUUGAAUGUCGUUUAGUGCUUGUUUCAUUUCGGUUGCUUUUGAAAGAAGUUAUUGAAACUAAAAAGUGGCAUCAAUUGAGGUGGUAGAGAACAUCCCAGAAUGUCAUUUUCAAGAUUAAACUCUAGUGAAGAUCCACUUCCAAAAUGCAGUAACACAAAUUCUGCUUCUGCUUCAGAGAAUCCACACUCAGCUUCUGCCUCAGAGAAUCCACACUCAGCUUCUGCUUCAGAGAAUCCACACUCAGCUUCUGCCUCAGAGAAUCCACACUCAACUUCUGCUUCAGAGAAUCCACACUCAGCUUCUGCUUCAGAGAAUCCACACUCAGCUUCUGCCUCAGAGAAUCCACACUCAGGUUCUGCUUCAGAGAAUCCACACUCACCUUCUGCUUCAGAGAAUCCACACUCGGCUUCUGCCUCAGAGAAUAUACACUCAGCUUCUGCUUCAGAGAAUCCACACUCAGCUUCUGCCUCAGAGAAUCCACACUCAGCUUCUGCUUCAGAGAAUCCACACUCACCUUCUGCUUCAGAUGAUACAUAUUCAUCUUGUGCUUCAGAUAAUCCAAACUCACCUUCAGAUAUAUUCGCAGAUUUUGAUUCAAAUAAUCCACCGAUGUCUAUUGAUGAAAUGGUAGCUAAGUUAAAUCCAAUUAAUGACAUAUCAUCGGAUUCAAAUGAAGAUGCUCCUAAUGUAACGGAAGAACCACAACCAAGAAAAAAAAAUGUAAGACGUAGUUUCACUUGCAGUUCUACAGACGUAAUGGAAUUCUUAGCGCUAUUGAAUAAGUAUACUAAUCAACCAGGUGAAAAACCACAAAAAGUCCUUGUUAGUGAACUAAGAAAAAAAUAUUUUUGGAAACUACGAGAGGUUAUCUGUGAUCCUGAACAAGAACCUUUGGAAGGUAACAGCAGAAUCGAUGAAACCCAUAAACGAAAAUCCUCAUCUGAACUCAUUGAUAAUGAUCCUGAGAACAUGGAAAAGAAAAAACAAUUAUGUGUUUGUCCAGAAAGCACCUGCUCUAAGGAAGACUUUGAAAGUAAGAAGAAUGAUUGAAUUAAAAUCUCUUUCAAACUUCUCCUCAUCAAGAAGAUAGAUCAGAAGACUCCUCACUUGCAGCAAUAAAGUUAACAAAAUAUUAUGAGAUCGUAAGAACUAACGCUGAUAACAGUUUACAAGAAAUUCAUCAAACUAGAAUAAAAUUAUUAAGAAAGGAAUUAGAUCACAUAAAAGAAACAAACUGGAAAUACGAACCAGUGGAUAAAUUUAUAGGACAAUCGUCUAAAUGACGAGGAAUUGAAGUUUUGGUAUAAAAUAGGUGAAGAUUAAAGUAGGUUAGAAGAAUAGUAAAUAUUGAUUCUAAUAAUAAUUGAGCGAUGAUUAUGGGUGAGUGGUACAUUUAUUUCUGGAAUAACACAUCAAUUAACUAGAUAUAUACAUAAAAAUAUUAAUGAAACAAUGAAUCACAUGUUUUAUAAUGAUCUUAUUUUUCAUAAGCUUUUCAGACACUAUUAUUCAUAAUUCCUGAUGAGAUUUGUAGCUGUCAUGUUUAAUGUAGGCCUGUUAACCACCAUGGAAAGGUCUGUUUGAAUAGAAGACAUAUAUUUCUACAUUUUUUCAAUUAUACAUUUGAUAUUUGGUUAUUUGCAAUCUGCUUCAACCAAAAAACGACUUUCCACUUUUAAUCAUUAAAAUUUAAAUAAUAAUACAUGAAAAAUAUUUAGUUGCCAUGUAUUUUUUGUGGUUGGUUAAUGCAGAUUUAUUUUAUAACAUAAUGAUGACUUUUUAAUCUAAUUUGUAAAUAUUGUGAUCUUUGUCCUAUAGAAACAGCCUAACAAUUAUUUCAAGGAACUUCAUAUAUAUUAUUCUUUUAUAUUAUAGUGCUUUAGGUUUUAGACUACUGUAAUAUUUUGAAUUUUUUCAAGUUAAUCAUUUUUUUAAUGCAGUUUUUGCUAAUUCAAUCCAAUUUUCAAACUUUUUUUUUCAUAAUCUAAUAGAAAUAUUUUCUACUUUUUCCACUUUUA